AAAGCAGAGAAAGCAGAGAGAAGGAAAAGCUUUUCAUGUUAAAAGCCUCUUCUCUUUCUCUCUCACUGUGACAGCGGAGGAGUUCAGAGUUCUUGAACACUAGCGGCCGCUGGAUUUGGGGAUACCUCUUCGUCUUCUUCUUCUUCUGUUGCUUGUGUUGCUUUUUAGGUGGCCAGCAACUGACACGGCUCGGAGAGAGGGAAAGGCGGGUGUGGGCGGGGAAGGAGGCAUGAUGGCCUACUGCCUCUUCUGCGGAGGAGGACGCCUGCCGGGAACCAAGUCGAUCGAUGUUUCAGGAGAAUUGAUCAAUGAAGGAACUUGGCUCUGGGUAUAAUUCUUAACAAGUAGUGGAGGUUUCAGUUCACUGUUUGUGGGUGUCUGCUCUCUGUAAUUGUUAUCUGGCCUAGAGAGAUCGUUGCCGUUCCUUUGACCGACCAAUUUUCUUGCCCAAGUUCAUGUGGGCUCGGUUGCAGAUCUGUUGAGAAGCAAAUCUCUUGCUCAAAAGGCAUCUUUGAAGUGAAAGUGAAAUGGUCACAUGGCUUCAGGGCCAUUUCUUCCUCCAUCUUGAAGCAAGAUGUUAACUGCUCUACAACUUCUUCUGUGUGCUAAUCAUGAUUAACUUUUUGUCUUCGUCAUACAAGAAGUCCAUGCAUUUAUUGGAGUAGUUAGCAUUGAUAGAGAUGUACUCCGUGGUAUAGAUUAGAUAUUAAGUGUUUGGAAGCGUGGGGUGUUGUUGAAGUCAUUGAAGUGAAGGAGCUCUAUUUAUCCUACAAUGAAGUUUAUGAAGCUUGGCUCAAAGCCUGAUUCUUUUCAGUCGAAAGGGCAGAAUAUCAGGUUUGUACAAUCUGAGUUAGAGAUUGACAUCAUUGUUAAAGUAGGAGAUGUAAUAUUCCAUCUACACAAGUUUCCACUUCUGUCCAAGAGUUCUCGUAUGCAGAAGUUGGUGACAACUAACAAUGAUGACAACCUUGGUGAGAUUCACAUUCCAGACAUCCCCGGUGGUCCUGCUGCCUUUGAAAUCUGCGUCAAAUUUUGCUAUGGCAUGACUGUCAUUCUCAAUGCUUAUAAUGUAGUUUCUGCACGUUGUGCUGCUGAGUACUUAGAAAUGCAUGAAACAGUCGAAAAAGGGAACCUCAUUUAUAAAAUUGAAGUUCUCCUAAGCAGUAGCAUAUUUCAUGCUUGGAAAGACUCUAUCAUUGCUCUGCGGACUAUGAAGUCGUUGUUACCAUGGUCUGAGGACUUGAAGUUGGUCAGCAAUUGCAUAGACUCUAUAGCGUCCAAGGCUUCUGUCAAUCCCUCUAAGGUUGAAUGGUCAUACACAUAUAACCAGAAAAAGGUUCCGUCUGAGAAUAGUCUUGAUCCUCUGUGGAAUGGCAUUGUAAAAGAGCAGUCAGUGCCAAUGGACUGGUGGGUCGAGGACCUAUGUGAGCUUGAGAUAGACUUCUACACGAAGAUUAUAGUUGCCAUAAAAGCAAAGAGGAGAGUGUCUUCUGAAGUGAUUGGAGAAGCUCUUAAAGCUUACACGUUUAGGUGGCUCUCAAAUUUGGGCGCAGCAUCCAUGAAUUCUGCAAUUGAUGCUGCAAGAUAUCAGUCUAUACUACAAACCAUUAUUUGGUUGUUGCCAGCAGAGAAAGGUUCUGUGUCAUGUCGAUUCCUUUUUAAGCUACUUGGAGCUAUUAUUUUGAUAGAUGGUGGUGAAAGAAGCAUGAAAGAACUCAUCAAACAAAUAGGCCACCAUUUAGAAUAUGCUUCAGUGUCUGAUUUGCUAAUUCCUGUUAUGCCAGGGCAAAACACCAUAUACGACAUUGACACUGUUAUGAGUAUAGUGAAAGAAUUCUUGAUGCAGCACAGUAUUGCUUCUCAACCCAGUCCAAAUGACACUGAAGAAACAGAGACGAUGAAUCUAGCUUUAGUCUCUGAUGGUUCAAAGAUGGCUGUAGCAAAGCUUAUUGAUGGCUACCUUGCUGAGGUUGCAAAAGAUCCUAACCUGCUUUGUUCCAAGUUUACUGAUCUUGCUGCAUUAAUAUCAAGCAAAUCAAGGACCGUGCAUGAUGGGCUGUAUCAUGCUAUUGACAUCUAUCUAAAGGAACACCCUAGCCUGAGCAAGAGCGAGAAGAAAAAGCUAUGUGGUUUAUUGGACUGCAAGAAACUCUCAGCAGAAAUUUGCAUUCACGCAGUGCAGAAUGAGCGGCUUCCUUUACGAUUGGUGGUGCAAAUCCUCUUCUUCGAGCAGAUGAGAGCAUCUUCUGCCUGCAGUGGACGAGCUGAGAGUGGUGGCUCUUACGGAAGCUCGAGGUCUGGCAUCACAACCAAUGCCGAGGAUGAAUGGGAUGGAAUGCCGACAGCUGAGGUCCUUGGAUCAUUCAAAUCCACGAAACUCACCCAUGGAAACGCUGGAAGCCAAAGGAAUUCUGGCAGCAGCGACACAACCAAGAGCGAUGGUCAUGACAAGAGCGGCAAUGCCAAGGCAAAAGGCAUCAAGAUGCCAAGGAAGAUGCUGGGUGAACUGUUGUCAAGCAAGAGGCAAACUGGGGAGAACAGUAGUUCCUCCAACACCUCGGUUUCAGAAGAGACACACAACUAGCAGACAAGCUCCGUGAACUGAUAAACCGGUUCUUUUUCGGAAAUGAUGGCUCUAUUUUGCGUGUGCCAAACAAGAGUAAAAGAAUUAUGCCUUCCUCUUCAGAAGUUUACAUGAGAAAGGUUUGUCAUGGGGUAUGUGUUACUGUCUCUAUUUUCUGUUGUUAGUGUGGUUAGAUCUGCAAAUGUUGUAUGAGCCUUUUUCACUCAGCUGAAAGUAAAUAAUUUAGAGUGUUGUGAGACUGUGUGUGACUUGUGAUAUUGAGGCUGUUCAAGAAAGUGGGGAAUCAUACCUUGGUACAGACAAGAUAACCAUAGAGCCCACCUGGUCUUUGGCCUGCCUGGCCUGUGUGUUUGAAUUCUCUUGUUGCCAUCCACAUGGAAGCUAUGGCUUCUGGAAUCACCAGGAGGUUUCAGUACAGUGACCACAACAAGGCCAUGGCUCAAUUGCAGAGGCUUGUAGCCCCUCUUAUUCCCACUUUAUGGUCUGUUUUGUACAUGGUGAUGUAAUGUUCAAAGGUCCACCUCUGGUUGGGGUCUUUAGAAAGAUGUGAUCCACAGAUUGGACGCACCCCAUUGUACCUUUUGCUCUCCUCAAACUUGGAAAAGAUUUUGACCGUUG